UUUUUUGGUCGAUUCUCAUAUUUAGAAACGAAAAAAAAAAAAAAUUCUUUUUAACUUUUAAAAAAAUUAUUUCAAAAGAAAUAGAAAUCAUUUGAUAUCCAUGUACCAAAUGCUGUAACUUCAUUGUAGAGUGAAAAUGGCAGUUAUUAGCAGAAGAUAAUUACAUGGACAUUGUAAUUGAGCAUAAAUUUAUGUGUUUCCAAUGCUUUCAACUGUACAACAGGCAUAACAUGUCUUCUUCUUGGUGGUUGGUAAUUAGGAGCCUUGUUAUGAUGUUCUACUUUUGCAUAAUUAUUUAUGAAGCAAGGUGAAGUAUUCUAAAGCUUUUGGUUGCUAAAGACAUGGAAUAUGAGGAUUCAAGCACAUGCUCUUCAACAUGAGAAGAUUCAUACCAAAUCAAAAGGUUCACUGCUUUUCAUCUUCUUGUUUGAACCAACAAUUUUCAAAUAUGUCAAGCUUGAAAUCUUGGAUGAGCAUCCAACAAAAGUCUCUUUUGCUUUUACUUUUGGGUUGAAAGAGGAGGUAGGUCGAAAAGAAUAGUAGCAGUAGGUGUGCUUUGACUGGCUGGUUUGGCAGUUGGAUCAUGUCCAUUGUUAACUCUCCAACCUGUACUAAGGAAGUAGUUGGCAUGAGUCCUUGAAUAUAUGCUCCCUAUAAGUUGUAAAUUGGCCUGAGCCCCGACGCUCACACAACUCACAACUAUAUUUACACUCUUUGCCUCGACUCCUACCAAAUCUGGAAGUUGGGUUCUUUCCAGUGGCACCAGAGUGGUAGUCUAGACUGCUAAAUGAGGCCACCUGGACCUGGUGGACCUGGACCUGGUCUCCCUGGAGGUUUCUUCAAUGGCUUGUUCAGUGCAGUAUCAUCUUGCUUCUAUAUCUUAUGCUGUUGCUGGUUGUUUCAAGACUGUUUUGGUGCCCCACCUGCACCUCCAAUGCCUCUUGGACCUGUGCCUCCUGGUGCCCUACCUGGUCCUCCUCCACCUGGGCCUCCUGGUGGCCCCGCUGGUCCUGGAGGUCCACCUCCUCCAUAAUCCCGUGGCUUUUUGCAAAAUCCUUAAUAUCUAACUGCAAGAGAUAAUUUGUAGAUGUGAAGUUUCAAAAAUGGGUAUUAGUGAUUGCUUCCCUUGCCUUGAAAGAUAGGCUAAAGGAUUGUUAGUAGUUAAUGUAUAUGCAAUAAUAUUGCAUUGUGGAACAAUCAUAGAUACAGAGUGUCACUAAAAAUAAAUAAAAAAAUAAAAAAAGAUCAUUUGCUUU